CAGAAUUAGGUGAAAGGACAUUGAUUGUUCCGCCACUGCUGAUCCGGGCUCCUCUAUAGGCUGAGUAUUCUUGCUUAAUCUAACAUAUCCCAGCGGCUCUGUUGCUUGGUGCGUGAAAACAAACAUUACUUUUUUUUUGGCUCUGUGGCAUACGACAUUUUAGACGCCGAGACAUUUUCAGGCACUGCUGGAAUAGUGAGGCCCAACGAAAAAGCGCAACUGCCUAUAAUCGCCAGGCACCGAAAUAUCCUUGAUUCUGGAAACUAGGGAUAUUGAUCUGCGUCGCCAGCAAAAAAAAAAAAGAGAGACAAUCCAAGCGUGGUCACAAAGUGAACACUAGCGUGGAUCCGAGACAACCCGACCGAGGACCGCUCCCCCCGCACUCAUCGUUUCUUUUGAGGAACUUCGCCAUGGACGCAGGUGCGGACUACAUGGGCGAGAAGUUUUCCGCCAGACUGAUCAUCUUUUCGCCGCUGCCUGUGGAGACCCAGGCUGCCAACGUUGCUUUUUCCGGUUCUACGGGCAUGCCUGAGAACUACCACGUGCAACGGAAUCAAAGCGUCGGCUACAACUUGCAACAGGAGUUCGAGGCUCUCAAGGCCGACUUGGACUUGGAUUUGAGCUACUCCAACGAGACCGAGGCCGCCCCGGAGACGUCCUCGGCACACGAGGCCGUGAGCGAGCCGCCGUCUGCCCACGCUUCGCUGGCCCUGUCUAACGGCAACUCCGCCAGCGCCCACAACCCGUUGCAGGAACCGUUGAUGCGGGACCCCUCGGGCGGGCCUGCUCAUGGCGGGCCCGGGCUCCAGGCAUUGCUCAUGAGCAAGAACGCUGGGUUUGCAUCGCUGCUCGGCACGUUGCCAAGCAGGCCGCAGUCCGUGAACGAUUUCUCGUCGAUCUUGCCGCGACUGCUGGGCCAGCCCUUCCUGCGUAUGCAGCCGCUGCAGCCCGGCCACUUUUACCUGGACAUGUUGGCGCACACGAGCUGGAUCGAGAACUUGAGCCCGCUGGAGAUCAUGACCAUGCUCGACUACUGGUGCAACAACCUACCCUUCGACAUUUUGCUCACAAUGAAGUCCCGCUUGCACAACCACUUGUCCCUGGGCAUGCAGCCACCCGCGGUGUUUGGAAAGCCUGACGCCUACUCGCAAUACCUGGCGGACUUUGUCGCCGACAUGGACUCCUUGUCCUUCAGCGACGCUCCCAGAGCCCAGGCGGCCUCUGCCGCCGAGAACCAGCAGGCGUCUCUUUUGCAGCCAAAGCCCAAGGCCAACUCGAAGUUCCACAGCCACUUGUUUGCCGAUAGCAAGGUGCAGCGGCCCAAGCUGGCGGACCCAUCGUUGCACAACAGAGUGACCCCGGGCCAGCCGCAGACACACCCGGGCCAGCCGCAGACACACCCGGGCCAGCCGCAGACACACCAUGGCGAGCGCACGCGCUCGCCCACCUCGCAUUUGUACGAAAAGACCAGCUUUUUGCAGCUCGCGGCCGCAUCCCACCUGCCGCACUCGUAUGGCCACGGACAACAGCAUGUCCCGAGCACUGCGGAUGAGGGUUUCGAUCAAUCGGCUGCGCACAAGCUCGGGGCACUCGCGACGAUCAAUUCUCGCGUAGCUUUGGACUUUAACCGCAAGGUGUUCCAGCAUGCGGGCCCCAGCCGCGGUCACACCGCGGCGGCGUACGAGGAAUCGCUCAACAGACAGAACAACUCGUCCUCCGUGCCUGCAAACACACAGAAGUACUCCGUGGCGGCGAUGGCCGCUGUACCCGGUGCGGCCAAGCCCGGCAAGAAGGAGCCUGAGUUCCCUGUCAAACCGAAGCUGUCCGCGCCAUCGACGCCCGUGUCCAACAACUCAUCCAUGCCCGCGGAAAUCGUGAACCAGGAGUUGUUGAACAAUAUCCCUGCGUGGUUGAAGUUGUUGCGCUUGCAUAAGUACACCGACUACCUUAAGGACAUGUACUGGGCGGAUUUGGUGGAGUUGACGGACGGGGACUUGGAGGACUUGGGCGUGAAGGCGUUGGGCGCGCGCAGAAAGUUGCUCAAGGCGUUUGAGGCAGUGAAGCUCUCCAAGGCGUAA